AUGUCAUCUUAUAAGGAAACAUUUCGAGAUUUUCCAGUUCGACAAAUGGUAAUUAUUUGUUUAAUUAGAUUUUCUGAACCAUUAGCAUUUACUUCAAUUUUCCCAUAUAUUUAUUUCAUGAUUAGAGAUUUUCAAAUAUCUCCAACAGAGCAAGAAAUCUCUAAAUAUUCAGGAUAUAUAGCUUCAUCAUUUGCAUUUUGUCAAUUUUUAUUUGCUGUUAAAUGGGGGAAAUUACUGGAUAAAAUAGGUAGAAAAUCAAUUUUAUUAAUGGGAUUGUUUGGUACUAGUUUAAGUUUAUUAUUAUUUGGAUUUAGUCAAAAUUAUUAUUGGGCUUUAUUAGCAAGAAGUUUAGCUGGUGUAUUGAAUGGAAAUGUAGCUGUUUUAAGAACAAUGAUUGGAGAAAUUGCCACUGAAAAAAGACAUCAACCUUAUGCUUUUAUGACUAUGCCUUUAUUAUUUAAUUUUGGUGCAAUUAUUGGUCCUGCCAUUGGUGGUUCACCUUGGUUAACGCGUCCAAGUAAGAAAAAUCCUUAUCAAAAUCAACAUAAUGAUACUAUUAUAACUAAUGGAAUAAUUGAAGAUUUUUAUGAAAAAUUUAUUACUAGAUUUCCAUAUGCUUUAAGUAACGUAGUUGUUGCUUUAUUUUUAUGGUUUAGCUUAAUCUGUGGAUUUUUAUUUUUGGAAGAAACUCAUGAUGUUUAUAAAUAUAGAAAAGAUUAUGGAGUUGAAUUAGGUGAUUGGUUAUUAAGUAAAAUCGGUAUUAAAUCACCAAUACGUCCAUGGAAUGCUACUAAUUUAGCAAUCACUCCAAUAGAUGAACAUCAACAUCUGCUACCAGAUGAAACAACUGCAUUAUUGGAAACUGCAGAAGCUGAAGAUGUAUUCCCAGAAGCUGAGCCAGAAUUAGAGGUCGCCUCCAUUCAUAGUGAUGAGGAUAUUGAAAGACAGCAAGAGGAUCGUCAACAACAACCUACACUUCUGAGAGUACAAACAUAUUCAAAUGCAUUUACACCAAAAGUAAUUGGUGUUAUUACAGGUAAUUUUAUUAUUUCAUUACAUAGUGUUACUUAUAAUGAAUUUUUACCAGUUUUUUUAGCAUCUAGAUUUCAACCAGACCAACUUCAAUUCCCAUUUUUAAUUACUGGAGGGUUAGGAUUAGAUACAAGUUAUAUUGGUACAUUAUUCUCAUCAACUGGUAUUAUGGGGAUGUUAAUUGUAUUAGUUUUAUUUCCACUUAUAACUUCAAAAUUAGGUACUGUUAAAGGGUAUAGAUUAAGUGUAUCCAUUUUCCCAAUUGUUUAUUUCCUUGUACCAUUUGCAAUUUUCACUAAACAUGAUUAUAAUUCAAAUUUUCCAACUUGGUUUACCCCAAUAUUAUUAUAUUGUUUAACCAGUUUGAAAACAUUGGCUUCAAGUACUGGUAUGCCACAAGUUACUAUUUUAAAUCAUAGGGCUGCAGAAAAGAAAUAUAGAGCUUAUGUUAAUAGUUCAGCUAUGUCAAUUAUUAGUUUAAGUAGAUUUUGUGGUCCAAUCGUAUUUGGUUACUUGAUGUCAAUUGGUGAUAAAUAUCAAAUUGGUUGGUUAAUUUGGUGGAUUAUGAGUGGAUUGGCAUUAAUUGGUAUGAUACAAUCUUAUUGGAUAGACGAAGACGAUGAUGAUGAGUAG